AUGUGCAGCUUCCGCCACGUUCUGGGCAUCGAGGCGGACGAGCAGAUGGUGCUGGCCGCCAAGGAGCUCAAAGCAGAGGGCCGGCUCGAGUUUGUCGCGCGGGACGGCGGCGGCAACGAGGUCCAGCUAGUGGCAGAAGUCCCAAAUGAUGUCGACCGCGACAGAGUGCGGUUUUGGCACUACCCCCACCUGCCGGCGCUGCCCCCAAAGCUGGCGCCCGUGGACGCCGUUGUGUUAGAGGACGCCCACGGCCGCCUGGACGCCGGCCUGGGGCAGCUUCUCGAGCAGCUUCCCGCCGCCCUGCUCCCGCGCGGCGUGGUCGUGGUCUCGCUGCCGGCGCCGCGGGCGCGCGCCGGCGGCGGCGCGGCGGCUGCGGCGUCCGCGGAGGCGGCGGAGGGGGGCGCCGUAGUGGGUGACUGGGAGGGAGGGUGGGGUGAUGGGGCCGGCGGCGGCGGCGACGGCGGUGGCGGGGGUCAUGAUGAUGAUCCCGCUGACGAGGUUGAUGCGGAGGCUGUGAAGCGGCGCAUGGCGGGGCAGGGGCUGGAGUUGGUGCACGAGGAGCUGCUGCCACUGCCCCGCAGCACCAGCAGCCGCGGCGGCGCGGCGGGCGCGGCAGCAGGCGCGGGCUGCGGCUGGCCGGCGGCGGCGUCGGCGGCGGUGCUGCUUGUUUGGAAGAAGCCUGGUGUCGUGUUUUGA